GGAGGGCAUCGGAGCUAUCGCCUCCGCAGCACGGCCUCUUCGCCCUGAGGUUAGCACGCGGCUUGCGAUUGAUUGAUAUUUCUGAUCGACUUGCUGGGGCUCCUUGUGUAAGGAUUUGUUGCAGAUAUUUCCUUUGCGGUGGGUGCAUUGUACCUCGGUCGCCCAGUAAGACAAACGGGUUACCCAGCAUGUAGAUUCAUGUGUGUGAUGGUGAGGUAUAGCACACAAUGUAAUAUUGGUGUUGAUUUUAAAGGUCAUCCUCCACCCUCCAACUGAGCAAAGGAUGCUCCAUCUGUCAGCAUGCAAGCAUUUCCAGAAAGAAACACCACAGAACUCGGUAGUCGCGUGAGAUAUUAGACCGAGAUCCGGAGCGAUCAAUGUAGGAGGAAGGAAACCCGUCUCGUUGUUUGAGCUGAGCUCUGAAUAUCACCCCAAACACGGGUUUCUUCUCUCCUCCCUGCAUUCUUGCAUGCUACAUCAAAUUUUCUUCCAAAUCUGAACUAGAAGUACGAACUGACUAGCCGCGAUCUAGAGAUUCGAAGGCAACAGCUUUGCUUUGAACAUUCUCGCUUCACAUGGAGAACGCGGACAUGAACUCCGCCGGUGGGCUCAUUGUUGCCUACGGGGAGCUCUUGAUCGAUUUUGUGCCAACAGUGGCUGGGGUCUCUCUGGCAGAAGCACCGGCCUUUAAGAAGGCUCCCGGCGGCGCGCCCGCGAAUGUGGCAGUCUGCGUGAGUCGGCUCGGAGGGAACGCUGCCUUCAUCGGCAAGGUUGGUGACGAUGAGUUCGGUCACAUGCUUGCGGAUGUGCUAAUGUCCAACAAGGUGGACGUAGAGGGCUUGCGGUUCGACUCCAACGCACGCACGGCACUUGCUUUUGUCACUCUCAGAAGCGAUGGCGAGCGAGAGUUCAUGUUCUUCCGGAACCCCAGUGCCGACAUGCUGAUGGUGCCGUCGGAGCUCGACGAAGAUUUAAUCCGGCGGUCGAGUACAUUCCAUUACGGGUCUAUUUCCUUGAUUUCUGAGCCCUCCAGGUCGACGCAAUGCGCUGCAAUGAAGUUGGCAAGAGAGAGUGGGUCGCUCAUGUCCUAUGAUGUUAAUUUGCGGUUGGCUCUGUGGCCGUCACCUGAAGCUGCUCAUGAAGGUAUAAUGAGCAUAUGGGACCAAGCGGACCUCAUCAAGGUUUCUGACGAGGAAGUGAAAUUCCUGACGAAGGGCGGCAACGACAAGUUGGACGAAGUAGUCCUGUCAUUGUGGCGCCCCAACCUCAAGCUCUUGCUUGUCACUGAUGGCCCCGAUGGAUGCCGGUAUUAUACUCGAGGCUUCAAGGGGCGCGUGAUGUCUUUUAAGGUCGACGCAGUGGAUACCACGGGUGCAGGCGACGCAUUCGUAGGAGGAUUGUUGCACAUCCUGGCGAAGAACAAAGGGCUGUUAGACGACGAGAUCGCAUUGCGAUCAGCGCUACAAUUCGCUUGCGCAUGCGGGGCUAUCACCACCACAGGGAAGGGUGCUAUCCCAUCCAUGCCAGACAGGAAGGCUGUGUUGAAGCUAAUUGGGGUUACGACCAUCUGAAAGUGCUCACUAGAGAGCCGCUAGCAAGAAUAGAACCCGGUUGUCGGUGAUGCAAGACGGAAGGUCCUCUCCGUUUGGAGUGGUCGAACGUUCUACUUACACUGGUUCUCACUCCAGAAUCUAGACAUUUUAAAGGUAUUAUCGUAGUACGAAGAAAGAAACUGUUAUAAGAACACAUCGAACAUUGGUGGAAAAUUGAAAUUGGAGCAGUGAAAUGUCAAUCCGUUUUCCCGGGAGAGUAAUCGGUGAAUUCUAGAUGAGCGAAGAUUUAGGAUUUCCUCUUUUCUACUUAGUGCCUCCUGCUCCAGUUGUAACCAUUAAAGCCUUGGCUUAUACCGGCGGGAUAGAGUCGCACAUUCCAUCUUAGAACAACGGAAGUAGACGAUUCAUGAACCCUGCAUCAAGAGAUGUUACAGUAAUUCAACUCUAUGCUACAGUUUUGUGCCUCUAUCAAUCAAUGAAUAUGUGGGGUAUGUUACAAUUCUU